AUGGUUCCAAAAAAUUUAUUCUUCAUUUUCGUUAUCCUUUUUCACCUUAUUGGAUAUUUAAAGAAUGAGAAUAAAUGUUUCUGUCAAUUUACUGAUCAACCAGAAGGAGAACAUGAAGAUGAACACAUGAAUGAACCUUCUCCUACAAUAUUAGAAAAGCAAACAGCUCCUGAGCCUAAAGCUGAUGAUGGUAAUAUAAAUAAUAAUAACAAUAAUAAUGGAAAUUUUGAUUUUUUCAAUAAUUAUAACUUUAAUGGAGGUGAUGAUGACGAUGACGACGACGACGAUGAUGAUGAAUCCAUAGAUUCAACAAACAAUGAUAAUGAUGAUAAUGAUGAUGAUGAUGAUGAAGAUGAUGAUGAAGAUGAUGAUGAUGAUGACGAUGAUGAUGACGAUGAUGAUGAUGAAAAUGAAAUAAAUAAUAAGCGUAAACCAGAAAAUAAAAAAAAAAAACCAAGAAAAAAGAAACCAACUAUUUUUUAA